UCGAAAUUUUGUUAUGGAUUACCAACCGCGAAUUUCUUGUGUUUAGAGACCAAUAACUACCCUGUUGGUGUCUUAUGAGGGGAUUUAACAUGAAAUCUGAAUUGACUAUAUGCCAAAGAACCAAACCAGACAGUCGACAAGCUGUACAGAUGAGGAGAAUAUCGAAAUCUUCGCCUGGUUUUGAGAUCGAAAAAACUGAUCUGGCGCCGUCGUUGAAAACCGACGACGGUGGGGGCGCUUUGUCGGUUUCGUCGCAGGAAAAUGUAGAUAAAACCAUCAUGUCUGGGUCGAUUAGCGAGAAAAUUGAGAAUAUGACAGUUCAGAAUGCGGAUGACAAUAUCCAAAAAAUUCUAAAGCAGACGAGUGCUGGGAAUCAAGAAUCCGCGCACUUGAAAGAGAUGCUGAUUCUUCAUCUUGGAAUGAUCCAACAUCAACAACAACUUCUGCUCGCGAAAGAUCGUCUCAUCAGAACUUUGGCUGCGGAAAAAGACGCGUUAAAAUGUCGUUUGGAGCGCAUGGAACGGCGUAUGUCGUUGCUGAAACAGAAGGGCGACGGAGUAGAUGCACCACUUCCAUCAGACAUUCCCGGUGUUACAUCAGAGAGGACGCUUCAUCUUCCAGUGCAAGCUAUGAGGACACCAGAAAAAAGUAUUAGAAGGAGACAUGGUGAGCAGCGAACGCCAAACAGACGAAACUUGAACACUCCCAAUAAGGACCAAGGAACGCCAGGGAAAAACCGCAACAAAGCCCGUGUAAAUAACUUACUCAGUAAUAGAGUAAAAAAGCGCACAGAAACAGCAGAGAAGGGGUUGGCAUCGCCAUCAGGCAUUGAAUUACGAAGCAAACAACCAGAGGCAUCACCUGUUAAAAUAGACAAAUAUGACCCCAAUGUAAACUUACCUGCACCAAGCAGAGUAGAAUUCCGUUUGAAACCAGUGAAACGAAAGUUAGAAGAAGUCGGGGAGAUCGUGAAAACGGACAAAACAUUUUAUGUACCAUGUGUAGAUUAUAAAGCGCUUGAAGUCGUUGCAAAAGUCCCUGAGAGUCCAAAUCGAAAAAAACGUGCAAGAGUCGAAGUCCCAAAAUGGCGGUUUCACCCGGUGUCAAAUUGUUACGCUCUUGAAGGCACCGAGAAUAUGGAAGAUGAGAUUUAUCUAAAACGCCACCAGAAGUCGGAAAAUGACGAAAAGCGGCGUAAACGUUGGGAUAUUCAGCGGAUGCGGGAACAGCGCAUGUACGAGAAGUUGAAGUCUGGCCGAUAUGGUGCAUCCAGCCCGCCAAAGAGUAAGAAGAAUGAGAUGGUGACGACGUUCUGUCCAAUACUUGAUGAAGCCAAAUUUCUUGAAAUAACUGGUGACAUUCCUGUAAAUGUGUUCGGGUAUCCACUGCCAUAUAAGAAGAAAAAUGAAUUCAGUCUUCCAUGGUUCGACAUCGCCAAGCGAGAGAAGGAGGAGGACCGUAAGGAAAAGGAGGAAAAGCAGAAACAGCAGCAGAGUCGCUUCCGCAAAAGAUAGUUGUCCGCUCUUCUUGGAUGGUGCUCUGACCUCGUCCCACCUCAUGAAAUUGCAUUUAUUGACUUGUUGUUCAGAGACUGCGCUUUACUUUUUGUGACUGUGAGGUCUGGUUUUAUAUUUCAAUGUAGUGCAAAUUAUGAUUGCAGGAACUGGAGAAGCCCAUUGCCCAAUUGCUUAAGAUGAAAAGAUGUUGAUCAUCAGGUUAUUGUCGCCAGUUUGACAUCUUGACAAACGAGGCUCAGUGAACGCCAAAUGUCAAAUAAAAUGGGGAUUUAAAAAUUGCGAUAAGAUGCAUUUUGAGGGAACCUCUGUUUAUGAAAUGAGGAGCAAAUUUGUGUAGAAUGCCCGCUUUGGGAAACUAAACUUGAGUCUUGAUUGUUGAAGCAGGAUUUGUAUUUUGAAAAACUUUCUUGAUGUGGUCUUCCUUGCUGAUUCUGUAUAUGUAUGCUGAUAAAAUAUUUUAUUUCCAAAUUUUAAUUGAUAUCAUGUAAAUGGAUGAGCUUAUGUGCUGAGUAGGAUGAUUGGGCUUUAAGCCAUUUUGGAGCACUUUUGCUGUUGUAUGCUAAUGAAUAUUGAAGUCAGGGAUGGGCAAUUGAGGGAAGUGGACCUGGCCUUUUCUGGAGUCUUUCCAGUUGGGCAUCUCUGUGGCCUCUGAAUGGAUGUUAUGAGGUGAGAAAUUAUGUGUAUUACGCUAUGGUCUGGAUGGAUUUUGAUGUUCUAGCUUUUAACUUGUGCUUUGGGCUGUCAAAUAAGUGAUGUGUACAAUAGGUGAUACUUAGACCGGUGUUAGACCCAGUAUGCAAAAUAUGGCCAAAAUACCUCAUGAUAAGUCGACAGCUAUUUUCCUCUAUUUGUUAGUCACCCUGGUGUAUCAAUUCCCCAGCUUGCCUAGAAUCGGGCUGGCCUUCCAACUGGCCAACUGGCCAGACCUUGGAAAUGAGAAAGUGUUUCGGUAGUUCAAUAACCCAGGCACAAAUAUUGUUCAUGAUGGUUCUCGUGUGUAUCUAUUAGACCAGCAGCAUUCACGGCUGGUUAGACUUAACCAUAACCAAUAACUUUUCAUCAGCGUGCAACAACCCCCCUACUGUAAGAAUCUAAAAUAUUUAUGGAUAAGGAAUCAUUGGUGAAACCCUGUUGAUUUGGCUGGUGGUCUGGCACUCGCCUGUCUUGUAAAUAGUUCAUGUGUACAUGUAAUUGAUGAUGAAAUAAUGUUUGUAUAGAUUUUGUGAUUUAUUAUGAAAAUAGGCAACUUAGUUUGUACCAAGUUAACUUUUUUGGCGAAAAAAGUAAUAAUUGUUUA